CCGUCUUCUUCACGACCCCUGUUCCGCUAGGCGCUCGCCUAGGCGCGAUUCCGCGCGACUAGUCGGUAGUCGACGCCCGUCGCCUGGCCUAGGGGGCUAGUUGGGGUCCUAGGCGGGCGCAGCGCCUAGGAAGCGCUCGGCGGCGAGUCGGCGCCGAUUCGGCGGGGCGCAGACGCUGUAGGCGGCGUGUAGGCGGGCGGCCCAGCUGUGCGGGCGUUUUUUCGGCCGCUGCGGAAGCGCGCGCAUGGCGUCGAGCGCGGGAAGCCGGGAACAAUUGAGGCUGCGCGCUGGAAGGAUAAGAGCCGCCCAGACGUUUCCUGCUCCCAGACGCCGCUCCUGCCUGAAGGUCCACCCGCCGGCUCUGCUCCUCCCCGCCUGAAGGUCCACCCGCCGGCGCUACUCCUCCUCGCCUGGGAAGUUCCACCCGCCGGCGCUGCUCCUCCAAGCCUGGGAAGCUCCGCCGGCCGCACUGCUCCUCGAACCUCCUCCCCGCUGCACUGCUCCAGCCUCCAAGUCUGCAAGGUCCUCACCGCCGACGACCUCAUCUUGCUCCAAGGAUGCCGACAUCAGAGAAUGCACAAGUUGAUGGAGCCAGCACUGAGGCAGUGAAUCUCCUGAAAAGGAACUCAGAUGAUGUUGGAUGGGAGUAUGGUGUUCUUGUUGAUGCUAACAACAAGGACAAGGUCAGGUGCAACCUUUGUAAUAAGGAGAUGAGGGGAGGGAUUUAUAGGCUGAAGCAGCAUUUGGCUCAUGAAGGAAAGAAUGUGACUAAAUGUCCAGUUAGAACACAACAGUCUUCAGAGGCUAAAGCAAAGUGCAAGAAAGCACUAGAAGAUGCAAAAAGGAAGAGGGAGGAGAAGACUGUCCGUGAGCUAGAACUUAGAGCGGAAGUGGAUGUGUCUAGGGUUGGAGAGUCAGAGGAAGUCACUUGUGUUGUUAGUUCACAGCCUCACAAAUUAGGAGCUAUUGACAAAUGGACACGUGCUAUUGAUCCUACAGCUACCAAGACUGAGUCUUUAAAGCAACAGCAGCUGAACAAAGAACUUUGGAAAGAAAGAUCAAAUGAGGUGUACAAGUAUAUUGCAAGAUGGGUCUAUAAUCAUGCAAUACCUUUCAAUGCAUGUGACAAUGAUGACUUCAAGCAAAUGUGUGAAGCAAUUGAACAGUUUAGACCUGGAUUUCAGCCUCCAAGUGAUGAUUUACUACGAGAGAAAUUGCUGGAACAAGAAUAUGCAAGAACCAAGAGUUUGAUGCAGGAACGUCAAGCUGAGAAGUUGAAAAAUGGGUGCUCUGUUAUGCCCGAUGUUUGGUCAGAUAGGAAGAGGAGAAGCAUAAUGAAUCUAUGCACUAAUUGUGCUGAAGGAACUGAAUUCAUCAGCUCAAAAGAGAUGUCAGAUGUGUCACACACAAGUGAAGUCAUCUUUGAACUAGUGGACAAAGCAAUUGAAGACUUGGGUCUAGAAAAUGUGGUGCAAGUAGUGACCGACAAUGCCUCCAACAACAUGGUAGCAAAGAAGCUAUUGCUUGAGAAGAGACCACAGAUAUUUUGGACAUCUUGUGCAGCUCACACAAUAAACUUGAUGCUCCAAGGAAUUGGCAACUUGCCUCGGUUCAAGAAAGUGAUUGACCAAGCAAAGGCAUUUACCAUAUUUGUCUAUGGCCACACAAGAACAUUGGACUGCUUGAGAUACUUCAUGGAGGGGAAAGAGGUAGUGAGGGCAGGAGUGACUAGGUUUGCUUCAAACUUUCUCACUUUGAACAGCAUGCUAGAGAAGAAGGACCAGCUAAGAAAAAUGGUGGUUCAUACUAGGUGGGACUUAUUGAAGGAUGUGAAAUCAAAGAAAGGAAAAUAUGCCACAGCAACUAUAUUGAGUCCAACCUUUUGGAAGGAAGUGAAGCUAAUAUUGGCUGUUUUUGAGCCAUUGUUCAAAGUCCUCCGUUUGGCUGAUGGGGAUGUGAAGGCAUCCAUGGGUUUCAUUUAUGGAGAACUACUAAAGGCAAAGAGAGAGAUCAAAGAGGUCUUUGGCAAUAAUGAGACUCGAUUCAAGGAUGUACUAGUUGUUAUUGAGAAGAAGAUGAAUGAAAGAUUUAAUUCUCCAUUGCAUUUGACAGCUUAUUUCCCUGUUAUUAAAACGACGUUUUCACGAGAAAACGUCCUUGUGAAACGUCCGUUUAAACGUUAA